AUGGUCAGAAACCAUGAAGAGGACGUGCCGGUCCCCGAAGACACCGACCUGUACCAGGUUCUCGGCAUUGACAACGACGCCCCUCCGGAGCAGAUCAAAUCUGCCUACCGGAAACUGGCCCUAAAACACCACCCUGACAAAGCCCCCUCCGACGCCAAAGAAGACGCGCACGAAAAGUUCCAACAGAUCGCCUUCGCAUACGCCAUCCUCUCCGACGAGAAGCGACGACGCCGGUACGACCUGACCGGGAACACAGCCGAGGCAGUGGAAGACGACGACGACUUCGACUGGGUGGAUUUCUACCGGGAGCAGUUCUCCGCCGCGGUGGACGUGGGGGCGCUCGACAAGCUCAAAGCGGAGUACCAGGGGUCAGCCGAGGAGGAAGGGGACAUUCUAGAGGCGUAUCGACAGUCCGAGGGAGACCUAGACCGGGUCUACGAGUCGGUGCUGCUGUGCAACGUGCUAGACGAUGAUGAGCGGUUCCGCGCUGUCAUCGACAAGGCGAUUGCCGAUGGGACGGUGUCUGGGUAUAAGAAGUACGUGGAGGAGUCGGAGAAGAAGCGGCAACUGCGGGUGAAGCGGGCGCAGAAGGAGGCGCGGGAAGCUGAGAAAUUAUCGCAGGAGCUGGACGAGAAGAAACGAUCCCAAGGAAAAAAGGGCAAGAGAAGCGCAGGGAAGAAGGGAGCUGGCAGUAUGGAUGAAUUGGCGGCGAUAAUCCAGCAGCGGCAGGUAUCUCGCGGGGUGGGCUUCUUGGAUCGAUUGGAGGAGCGAUAUGGGGGUGGGGGGACCAAACGGGGGGUGGACGAGCCUCCGGAGGAAGCGUUCCAGGCUAAUGCGGCUCGGAGUGCGAAGAAGAAGAAGGGUAGGGCGUGA